AUGACGGGAGACAAGUUGACCUCAUCACAUGGGAAAAAUAAACGGUUCUUUUCUGCUUCUUCGUCGUCGUUGAAUCAGGAAUUGCAACCCAGGGACAACGAUGGAACAUUGUCGGCGUCAUCGCAUCGAUCAUUUUUGAAAAAAAUGAAUUCUAGGGGCUCUAGAUCAAUAUCUCCACAAACCAGUUCGAGCUCAAUUAGCUCAUUUUUCAGGAGAAAUCCAACCCAAUCCGAAAGUGAUACCUCCAAGGAUCGGUUUCAUUUCGAGCACGAUGUGGGACUGCCGGUCAAUCCCUACCAAGAUUCUCAUUCCAGUUUAAACGACGACACCACGGCUCUGGAAUCAGACCGCUCUCUGGUGAAAAAGCACGACGAGAAAGCUCCGCAAAACCAUUUUGAAAAGCAAAAAAACCACAGUCAUGUAUCGUUGCGCCGUUUUUUUAAAAAAUUUAAGAUUGAGUCCGAUUCCAAAAAGGCGAAAAAUUACCACCAACAACACCAUACUCACCACCUUCACAAAUCCCACUCAGAAUUAUUCAAAAAGUACGGCGAGGUUGGAAAACUUUUGGGUACUGGAGCCAGUGGCUCUGUUAACAUUGUACGAGCCAAGGACAAUCCCAAUAAAGUUUACGCAAUCAAGAAAUUUAGAGCAAGACUUCCAAGAGAAGCCGAGAGCGACUACAAGGCCAAAGUGAAAAAUGAGUUCAAAAUCGGCGAGAUUUUGCACCAUGAGAACCUCAUUCAUACUAUAGAGCUCAUAAGGGACCAUACAACUUUGAUGGGAGAUCCUGACUAUUACAUUGUCAUGGACUAUUGCCCAUAUGAUUUUUUCAACUUGGUUAUGUCAGGCUUGAUGAGUCAGGAAGAAGUGGCGUGCUACUUUAAACAAAUUGUUAAUGGUGUGAACCAUUUGCAUCAAAACGGGUUGGCACAUCGUGAUCUCAAGCUUGACAACUGCGUGGUAACCACCGAUGGAAUCUUAAAGUUGAUAGAUUUUGGAUCUGCCGUCCAAUUCCAAAAAGAUUUGGUAGAAGGAACUCACAAAAUGGACAUUAUCGAUGAUAAGCAUCGUUUGGUAAGAGCAAGAGGUAUCGUGGGCUCGGAUCCGUACCUUGCACCCGAGGUAUUUGAACCCAGUAACUUUGGCUAUGAUCCUCGACUCGUCGAUGUAUGGUCUGUGGCUAUCAUAUUCUGCUGUAUGUCUCUCAAGCGGUUCCCCUGGAAGAUUCCCAAGUAUCUGGACCCCUCUUAUCGUGCAUUUGCUGAGGAACAGCAGCCCGACGUUGUAGCCGGGGUCGAGCAUCUCAAUGUCAACGAUGAUCCACACCAUCAUAAACGAAGCCCUUCGAAGCUCAUGAAGCUAAUUCCUCCACAAUCGGUGCUGUUGGUGAGGUCCAUGCUCACAGUAGACCCUUCAAAAAGAGCUUUUAUUCACGAUGUCGUUGCUAGCGACUUUUACAAGUCCAUCGCUGUUUGUCAUGUUGAGGAAGACAUUGUAGUUAAAGCGAAAAACCACAUCCACCAUCUCAUCACCGAGGAAGAAUUGCAACAGAUUCAACAAGAAAAAGACAAAUCUAAGAAAAAGGCCAAUGGCUUGGCUCAGUAA